CGUCCAUGGACGGCGUGAUCGAAGCCAUGCCCGUGUUCGCCAAGGAGCUGGUCGCCGGCGGUGUCGCCGGCGGCGUCGCCAAGACCGCGGUGGCGCCCCUGGAGCGCGUCAAGAUCUUGUUCCAGAGGCUCGUGGUCGCAGUUGAGUUGGCGUGCGGAGGUUUUGGCCGCAUUGGUUUUGUUUGGCGAUCGGCAUUAUCGAUCGCAUGAUCGAGGUUGUUUUGCACGAGCUAUUUAUUAUGCGAGAGGACGAUCGAUCGUUGAAGUUUCUCUUCUGUUGAAGUGGACACUCGCUGGAUAACCCGCGAAACAGUUAGAUAAUCAUGAGCUGUGGUAGUUAGUGUUGGGUUCAUGAGUUCUUGUAUGCUCGGUUAUCCUGAUUUGCAAAAUGAUCUCAUGACAGCUCUGUUUGACCCGAUAGAACUGCACAGAGAGAGAGAGAGAGAGAGAGAGAGAGAGAGAGAGAGAGAGAGAGAGAGAGAAAAACUGAUAGCACUCUCUUUUGUAGCUGGAAUGCUGGACGCCAUAAUUUCUCUCUGUCUCUCACUGCGGAAUGCACUCUGUUGAAUUCUCUUCCCGAUUGUGUCUGUCUGCACCUUCUGUGACCAUGUUACGUUUUGAGUAAUAUAAUCGUUCUUGUUUUAUGACCAACAGCAGGAUAGUGGUUACUUGGAAUCCACUUUUGACGAGGGCUUGCAAAUUGGGACUAAGUUCCAUUUUAACCGAUAUAUGUGGAGCGUUUAGCAGCACACGAGCAAAUAAAUGAAUAAAAGAUAUUUGUGGAGGAUUCUUGUUUAUAUCUGGAAAUGGUGCUGAUGUACAUUUUGAGGAUUAUGUUUUUAGAGUAUUCUGCUUUACCCCUGGAUUUCAAGAUUACAUGCUGUCGUAGGCUUAAUAAGUGCAUUUGAGUUUUUCUUCUAAAUGUAUCUUGCUAGUAUUCAUUUAGACCAGAAGAGCAGAAUUUCAGAGCAUAGGGCUGUUUGGAUCUAUUAGAAAGAUUGCAAAGACAGAGGGGCUUUUGGGUUUCUACAGAGGAAAUGGUGCAAGUGUUGCUCGAAUAAUACCAUAUGCGGCACUUCACUAUAUGACCUAUGAGGAAUACAGGAGAUGGAUCAUUCAUUGGUUUCCAGAUGUUGGAAGAGGCCCUGUGCUUGAUCUUGUGGCAGGAUCGUUUGCUGGGGGAACUGCUGUACUUUUCACGUAUCCUCUAGAUUUGGUUCGGACUAAAUUGGCUUAUCAGGUUGUUGGUUCAUCAAACUCUUCUGUAAAAGGAGUGCUUGGUUCUGAACAAGUCUACAGAGGAAUCCUGGAUUGUUUUUCAACAACAUAUAAAGAAGCUGGGAUUAGAGGGCUCUAUCGCGGUGUUGCACCAUCACUCUACGGAAUCUUCCCUUAUGCGGGUUUGAAGUUUUACUUCUAUGAGGAGAUGAAACGCCAUGUCCCCGAGGAACACAAAAAAGAUAUCGCGGUGAAGCUUGUCUGUGGAUCCGUUGCAGGUUUAUUGGGUCAGACAUUUACUUACCCGCUUGAUGUUGUGAGGAGACAAAUGCAGGUUCAACGGCUCACGGCAUGUAACAGUGCAGAACUUAAGGGAACUGUGGAAGCCCUUGUCAAGAUUGCCAAGAGGCAAGGAUGGAAGCAGUUAUUUUCAGGAUUGAGCAUCAAUUACAUAAGGGUUGUACCCUCAGUAGCUAUCGGGUUUACUGUGUAUGAUGUUAUGAAGUCAAACUUAAGAGUCCCAUCACGAGAUGAGGCUGUGAUUGAACUAGAGUUGAAAGAACAGAGUAGCCAUGCAUCUUCGUUGCACUCUUGAGGACGCUGAUCGUUAAUAUUACGAGGCAAUCAGAGGACUCCAUUUUGCAGCUGGCUUUCGACUCUGUUUGAAUGCUUUGUACCAUCAGGUCAUUGGUUGUAUAUUUCAUUUUCCCUCGGACAUUAUAUGAUGCUCCGAGCUGCAGCAUCCAAAUGGACCUCGUUCGAGGUCCGUUAUUGAAGGAAUAGUCAAUAAGGUGCCAUACGGCAAUCUUUAGAAUUCAGAUGGUUUAACCAUCCAGAUUACCUGUAUACUAGGAUAGGAUUGACAUGCAAGUUGUACAUACGUAAGGUGUAACCACCCAGAUUUCCUAGCGUGUUAGAAUAAAGCACCAUAAUCUGUUGUUCUGCGA